CUGGUUUCGCUGCAGCGUUCGGGAGGAAGAACGGCAUGCUAUGCAUGCCCAUGCGGUGAACGUUCUUGAUGCGCUAUACAUUGUGCUGCUGCUAGCACCUGUCGUUCACUGGACUGCUUGUUCACGGAGCUGGAUGAGCAGCGUCUCGUUAUUGUAAUUAGUCCCAGAUACAGUACGCACUGGAAUAAAUUGCGUGGCAUAAACUGAGCGCUUCGCCAACAUCUGCAGUGUGUGGGUGACGCCGACGACUUGGAACGACAUUCGGACAGACCAGAUAUGACUCCAGACGUGCACCAGGACGUUGAGUACGCCGUGUUCGGCGUGUUCGUGGCGGCCAGCCUCGUCACGGGCCUGUACUUUGCGUUGGGCAAGUGUCGCCGCAAACCGUCCGAUCGAACUGUCCUCCGCGGGAGCAUGGCGGACGAAGAGUUCCUCGGAGGACGAAGCAUGGGGAUGCUGCCCCUGGCACUAUCCGUACUCGCUUCCAUGGUGACCGCCACGGGACUGCUGGGCUUCACGUCCCACUUCUACGCGUACGGAAUGCACCUGCUGUGGGGCUCCAUUCCCGUGCUCGUUCUCCUGCCCUUCAUCGCGUACGUGGUCAUCCCUCUGGUGCGACGGCUCGGAGUCACCUCCGUUUAUCAGUACAUCCGGAUGCGCUUCGGCAACCAUGUCGGAAUCGCUGCCUGCGUCGUCUACUUCUUCCUCACUGAAAUCCAGGGCGCCGUCAGCAUAUUUGCGGGAGGCAUGCGGGGAGUUGUGUGGACGGACAGCGUGCAGGGUAUCCUCAUCCUCGUCUGCCCACUGACCAUCCUGGGCACUAUCGUCUACGACUCGUGGCACAACGCGACUUCCAGUCAUCUGCGCCCUUUCAGCGACAUCGACAUGAAGCCCUACUUGUUACAGUUUGACUUGGACUUCACGAAGGACGAGAACGUGUGGUCAUGCGCUCUGGGCUUGCUUGCGGGGCACGCCUAUCGGAUGGGCAUGGACCAGAUGGUGGUGCAGCGAUAUGCAUCGGCAAAGUCACUCAGAGCAGCCCAGAGGACUGCGUUCCUCGGGAGCGCUCUCCUCGUCAUCUCCACGGCUCUCUUGUCAGGGGUCGCCAUGGCACUUGUGUACUGGUACCGCGACUGUGACCCACUUUUGUCUGGAGCUAUCAAGAACAUCGAACAGAUCAUCCCUUACUACAUUAACCAGAGGCUUUCAGCAUUUCCGGGCAUGACAGGCAUUUUCCUCGCCGGAGUCGUUAGUGCCACGCUCAGCACGGUCUCCUCGGCCAUCAAUUCCCUGGCGGCGUCUGCAUUCCUGGACAUCCUCUCUCCGUUCAUAGACAUGAACGACCGGUGCUCGAGCAUAACCAUCAAGUCAAUUGCGUUUGUCUUCGGUGCCCUGAUGACUGGACUGGCUGUAUCUGUGCCCUACAUCAGCUCUGCCGUGCGGCUCAUCAUGGUGGUUCACAGCAGCACAUCCGGCCCCUUCAUCGGCCUCUUCAUUCUGGCCUUGGCGUUCCCGUGGGCCAACGGCAAGGGUGCAUCUGUAGCCACCGCACUGACCCUGGCUUUCCAAGCCUGGGCUAUGACGGGACGGUUGCUGCAUGGUCCAAGGCCGCUCAAAAUGCCCAGCUCGCUGGACCGAUGCCCCAGCGGACACCUUAGCACAAAUGCUACCCUGCCAAUACUGAAUGAGCAAGAAGUAACCACGUUUUUCGUCUACGAACUGUCCAGCUUCUGGAGCGGUUUGUUCUCAGCAUUGGCUACCAUCGCUAUCGGCCUUGUCGUCAGCUGGCUCACUGGUGGUGGAAGAAAUGUCAAGAGGCAUGUGCCAUUGACGAGUGAUGCAUUUGUGAGGAUAUGGAGAAAGGUGUACAUGCUUGACGAUGCUGAUUUGGAGGAUCAAGAACUACAGAGGAGCAAAGACAACCCUGUGCAUGCCUUCACUAUUGAAAGAGCAACCGAUGAACAGCUCGGCUUGUCACGAACAAAGCUGUAGGCCAAUGGUGUCCUAAUGGCAGGGUUUCCUGAUGGCCACCGCUACUUCCACGCACACCUACUCGACGUUAAUUGCUCAAAUGAGGAAUGCUAGGUGCCUGAUUUCAGCAAAAUGGACAGCUGUGUCUCAGGUUUUUUAGUGUCUCGGACGACGAUAUUUCGUACUUGCCAAAUGAAAGUUCAUCUAUAGCUAGCCCUUUACAAAUGUAGAUUGUAUUAGUUAUUCGGCUAUCAGAAUGAAUAGGUAGUUUCUAAUCAGUAGAGUGCAAAUAUUUGAAAAUAUUGAAUAUCGAAUGUGUCUUAUUCAAUUCGCUCCUUGAAUCGAAUAGCAGACAUUCGUAAGUACAAAUAUUUUUUAACAUUUUAUGAAUAUUUGGAAAUGUCACCUGUGCUAAAAUGCACAUGAAAUUGGUGCAGAAGUACGAGAAGUUUCAUCAACACAAGCGUACUGUAGGCAUUAAACAUGAGGCAUAUACACAAGCUUUAACAUCGACUUAAUGGCUAUGACAAUCUGUUCUCUGCUCUAAAUAGGGCAGAACUAUAUAUGGUGGUCCCAUCCAAGACCUCAUCUUCCCAAGCUUUUGUUUGUGUCAUUCAUGAGGUAGCCUAUAGGUGGCAGCUGCAGUAGCAACGGAGUCCUCCCAUUUUGCAGAACAUGCCUGCAGCACAUACUUAAUAAUUCAUGGUACUCCAGACCAUCCAGUGGCCCCUGAUUUCCAAACUUUGGAAAAUACUGCCAGCCAUCAUAAGGUGCUCCUCCAUAAGGAAUCUUCAUGCCACCAUGGCUAACGACAUUUUUGAGAUAAUUACAUCAACAUGCCUUAUACCUUUGGUGUUUAAAGCAAGGUAGCAUGUUAACUCGGUCAUAUUUAAUGUUGGCAUGUAAAUAUGCUGUAAAUUAAUAAAACUUCGUUGUUGUU